AUGGAUAAGUGGGUUCCAGCUUACUUACGAACUACAUUUUGUGCCGGUAUGUCAACAACUCAAAGGAGCGAGAGCAUGAAUAAAGUUUUUAAAGAUUAUGUUCGUUCGAGUAUAAUGGUGAGUGAUUUUGUGCAUCAAUACGAGAAAGCCUUAGAUGAACGUUAUUUCAAAGAGAAAGAGAAGGACGUGCGAACAAAAUCGACACAGGCGAUUAUGAAAACGUUAUGGAACAUUGAAAAAGAUGCGGCCUCAAUCUAUACAAUGAACUCUUUCAUGAUCUUUCAGGAUGAGCUAUUCAACAGCCAACGGUACAUUCCAACCAAAGUUGGAAAAGAUGGUGAAAGUAAGAUAUACAAAGUCACACGGAAUGACAAAGAUCAACCUAUUUAUCAAGUGACCUUGGAUAAUGGAGAAGUGAAGGCAAUAUGUACAUGUCAUAUGUUUGAGUUUGUGGGGAUUCUUUGUCGGCAUAUCCUAUGUGUCCUUGGGAAGAAAUCGAAAUUAGAUUUGUUGCCACAUCAUUAUAUUCUAGAGAGAUGGACCAUCAAUGCUAAGAGCCGGACUAUUCUUGACAUACCAAAUUUUGAUGGGCAUGUAAUGAGACAAGAUGAUCCAAUGUUGAGAAAAAGUAAAUUGAUGAUACAAUUUUAUGAUAUUGCCGAACUUGGCUCACAAUCAAUCCAAAAAUGUCAACACCUCUCUCUUGCCUUAGACAAGGUCCACAAGGAGUUAUUAUUGAUGGAACAACUUGAAGGAGAAAAAAAUUUUGAAGAUGAAAACAUGUCAAUGAAUGAUUCACAAAUGUUCAAAUCACAAGUUGUAUCAAAUUUUUCACAAGUAUUACAAGAUCCUCCAAGGGUGGCAACUAAAGGCCGACUAAAAUUGUUGAGAGCAAAAAACCUGAAAGAGACUCAAACCAUGAAGAAAAGGCGUUGUAUUAUUUGCAAGACUGAGGGUCAUGCUAAGAACAACUGUCCUUCAGUGAGGUUGUAA